UUUUUCUUCAGCUCUGUUUUGUUCUAAUUGCUAAUACCAGAGGGGCACAAGGAUCUGCCAAAAGCAGAGAUGGAUUCUCCGCAAGCCUUCGUUAACUGCAUUACGAGUUCUGAAAUAUUCCGUAUUCCUGCGUCGUUUGUAAUGAAAAUGAAACGAGCUCUACCAAAGAGGGUCAUCCUUAGAGAUAGAUACACGAAUAUGUGGGAAGUGGAGGUAGCUACCGAUGGAGGUUAUUCAUGUUAUUUUAUUGAGGGAUGGACACAAUUUUACGAGGAUAAUUCUUUGGAGCUGAAGGAUUUUAUGAUACUCGAUUAUGACGGCAGAAACUUGUUCGAUUUCAGAAUCUUUGGAAGAAAUUCUCUCGAGAAGAAAGGCGUCGGAUCUCUAAAGUUAAACGAGCACAACACCAUUAAUCAAGACUAUGAUGAUGCAUCCAUGGAUGAUGAUCAUGGCGAUGAUGAUGAUGACAUACAUGGUGAUGAUGUUGAUGAUGAUGAUGACAUACAUGAUGAU